CUCUGCGUUUAAUGAAAUUGAAAGUAGAAGCGGGACACAUAGUAUAAAGGUAUGGAUGAAGAGGAACCCAUGGAUAUUUCUGGAGAGUCCUUCUCUUUGGGAAGUCCAACAAGGUUACAUAGGCAUUCUGCAAGUAGGAUUGUUCCCCGUCGACAAUCCUUUCCCCUGAAACAGCAGUCAAGGUCAGUGGACCGUCACUUAUCGACAAACAGGACUCCUAAACGUAUGUCCAUGUCUGCCCUACAGUCAAAUUACUCCAGAGGAUAUUCCUCCAGUACACCUCAACACUUACUACCGAGUUCCACUGAACUGCCAUCUCCACUCAGUGAGCAAAUCCGGACCAAUUCAACACCGAUCCGAAGUCUGAGUGAUCGGUUUGAAGGACAAUCAAAAACUAGACGUCGACGUUACAAUCACCAUCCAACAAAUGGAGAGGAGGAUGAUCCAAGCACCAGUCGUAAAGACCAACGUAAACCCUUUGAAAGGAACAAAUCUGAACCAUAUAUAAGCAUCAAACAGAAGCUUUCAUUUUUGGUAUUUCUAUUGCUGCUGUUUAUCAUUAUAAAUAUUGUGUAUAGAGCCAAACCGCCGCAGUGUAAAAUGACUGUUGAUAUUGCAAAACUGAAGGAUCAGCUAAAGAAAAAUAUGUUUGGUCAGCACAUAGCCGCAGGUUUAGUAAUGUCAUUAGCAAAAAACCUAUCCCUACAUUUCCGUAAAUCACUGAAGAACUCUCAGACGGUUGUUUCUUUCCAUGGCUGGUCAGGUAUAGGUAAAAACCACCUAGCUAAUAUACUCAAGCAAACAUUUAAACCAGCCAAAGUUAAUACAUUCCUUGUACCGUUACAUUUCCCCCAUAGAUCUCAGGACCACCAAUACCAGACAAUGAUCCCACAGUGGAUAAAGGGUAACAUUUCGUCGUGUAGCAUGGGUGUGUUUAUCUUCGACGAGAUGGACAAGGCAUCUGAUGGUGUGAUCGAAGGACUUCGCACUGCUUUAACACAAAUAAAGAAUUCCAAUGUAACUACCAGAGUGUGGACCAUGUUUAUUCUACUCAGCAAUAGUAGAGGAACAGACAUCAACAACUAUUUAUUCUCACAGCUACAAAAAGGUCGUGAACGAGAAAGUUUGACACAAGAGGAGUUCAUGCCCACCCUCAUUAAUAAUGGAGAGGGGAGUUGGUACAUGCCUUUCCUUGAGGAGGGACUUAUCACACACACAGUGCCAUUUCUGCCCCUCACUCAGGCACAUGUAAAAAGCUGCAUCAUCCGUGACUUAUACCUGAAGAAGAUGGUUCCUAACAAGGAAACAAUACAGAAGAUUUUAGGUGAGCUCCCAUUUAACCAACCCAGAGAGGAAAGUGAACUUUACUCUACAACAGGCUGUAAAAGGGUGUCCUCCAAAGUGGACCUACACAUGGACGACUGACAUCUAUCAACCCAGGGAGGAGAGUGUCUUAAGAUAAAGACAGGCUGUAAAAAGAUGCCUGUAAAGCAGACAUUCACAUGAACGACUGACAUUUACCAACCCGGGGAAGAGAGUGACUUUAGCCUAAAGACAGGCCGUAAAGCAGACACUCACACGAACACCUGACAUCUGUACAGUACUAGUUCUUCAGAAAACCAUUCUGUGUGUCUGUUGUAUAGUGAUCUCAUUUUGUAAGUGUAUAACAAUCAGUUUGAUGUUGGAAAUAUUUAGGGAAACAGUAAUAUAUUAAGCUUCUGCAAUCAUGUUUUGACUUUUCCCAUCUAAGAAAAUGUCUUUCUGUUCUUAGAUCUGCAUUUUAUGAUAAAAUCAUAAAUAUCUCAAGUUACCAGGGACAUUCAUUGAUAAACUUGACAAGACUGAGUGGACUAUGAAUCAGUAAACUUUCUGCUGAAUUAUUACUAUUAUAUUUAUAAAAGGUUUUCGUUUGAAGGGUUGAAGUGCAGUGUUUUGUGGAAGUCUUAAUAAAUGAUAA